AAUUCUGGGGUGUAAUCCAAUGUGGUGCGAAUAUUGCACCACCUAAAUGGUGUUCAAAAUCGAAUUAUGAAGAAAUACAACGUGCUUGUCUGCCGCGAAAUGAAAUUAAACAUUUUCUGGUUGAAAUUAGAGGCUUGCUUGUGCUGGAUUCGUUGGAUACUUUUGUUUCUGCUUUAAAAAAUCUCACACAAAUACCGAUAUUAUUGAAUGAUCCAAUGACCUCUUUCUUUUUAAAAAUUCUAGAAAAUUUAGGUGAAAUAUUGUUAUCGUGUGUUGAAUCCUAUAGAAAAAGGAAAAAGGUUACAACUCACUUCGAACAAAAAGCAGAUGGGAUUUUCCUUAUGCAAGACAAAAAAUCAUUAAUUGAAAUAGGACAUUUAGAAAUAAGCGGUGGUUACGGGCAUGUUGACAAACCGAGAGCUGCAUGGGAUCAUCUAAAGGGAGCAGUAGAAGACAGUGGAAAUUUGUUUGGAGAACCACAAAUACAACAAGGACUACCAAAUCUUGGAUGUAGUCCGCACCGGGAUAAACAUUAUGCAGGCAUCGGAGAGACUCGAGUUGUGAGUCUGAAUAGUAGUCCAACUCCAGCAGCACCAGUUUUUUUAGGGUUAGACAAAGUUAAAGUGCCAAAUUUAUUCUUCGGUGAUAAUUCACAUUGA